UAGCGCAGGAUAUACCCAGCGAAUCCCAAUUCCAGUGGCUUUCGGCGCUCUUAUAAUGAAACCUUGCGGCUUACCCCUCGGGAGACCGCUUGGCUAGCCCUGUAUUUCUCCUUCCUCUGGUUCACCGCCAACUGGAGUCUCAAUGCCGCCCUGGCAUAUACAAGUGUAGCAAGCGCGACCGUUUUAUCCAGCAUGAGUGGUAUAUUUACACUUGUAGUGGGCCGCGUAUUCCAUGUAGAGGCGGUAACUAUAGUCAAGAUUGGCGCGGUUCUGUUGAGCUUCGGUGGGGUGGUUCUUGUCUCAUUUUCUGACUCCCAGGAUCCCGGACCAUAUUCGAUGACCCGUCCGUUCUAUCUGCUCCCAAUCAUAGGAGAUAUUCUUGCUCUGCUCUCAGCUCUUCUCUAUGCGAUGUAUAUGAUAUUCCUGAAAGUUAAGAUUCGGGAGGAGUCACGGAUAGACAUGCAAUUGUUUUUCGGCUUUGUUGGGCUCUUCAAUAUCUUCCUAUGCUGGCCCAAACGUUUGGAACUUCCAAAUACUCGUCAGGCGUUGGUCGCCAUUAUCGUCAACAUGUUCAUUACACUCUCAAGCGACUACAUCUACGUCAUCGCUAUGCUGAAAACCACACCCCUCGUAGUGACCAUAGGCCUUAGCCUGACUAUUCCGUUAGCAGUCACGGGCGAUUUUUUCCUUGGCAAACCUGCUGCAGCCCAGGUCGUGAUAGGAGCUCUCUUCGUACUUUUUGGGUUCAUUGUAGUUGGCGUAGAGAACGCCAAAAAGGAAUCGUGCGACUACCCCAUCGAAAACUCAGAGGAGACAAGGCUGCGAGUACAAGUGCCUCCCUGACGGGAGCAUUCGUACGUGGUGUGGAGCCACUGUUUCAGAACUGUAGGGCCCAAGUAACAUGCGUAGUUUGUACCCCGAGCGCGUUGUUUUAGAUACGCUGCUUGCUAGUAGUGCUCUGCGGAAAAGGCAAUGACUCGGAGUGGGAAACAACGUUG